UGAAAAUGGGACAGGUUUAAUAGAGCAACUCAAGUCCUCCAUUGCCUGGUCUUGGACAUACUUCUGACAGUCUGGUUCUUUGUUAUGAUAUUUUUGGUUUACAUUUUACGAGUGCCAUUCAGAUACAGCGACAACCUGACCACAGGUGAGAGUCGCUUACGUCAACGUCCUUUUUUAACGACUUCAGAGUUUUAGCUCCCGGCCCAGCCAUGUUUGGCACAGAGUCCUCAUUAAGCAUGUUUCUGAACACCCUAACCCCCAAGUUCUACGUGGCUCUGACGGGGACCUCCUCCUUGAUAUCCGGACUCAUACUGAUAUUUGAGUGGUGGUACUUCAGGAAGUACGGUACUUCCUUCAUCGAGCAGGUGUCAGUGAGCCACCUGCGCCCUCUGCUGGGCGGCGUGGACAACAGCUCCCCAACCAACUCCAACACCAGUAACGGAGAUGCAGACUCCAACCGACAGAGUGUGUCCGAAUGUAAAGUAUGGCGAAAUCCACUGAAUUUAUUUCGAGGGGCAGAGUAUAACCGGUAUACGUGGGUGACGGGCCGAGAGCCACUCACGUACUACGACAUGAAUCUCUCGGCACAAGACCACCAGACCUUCUUCACAUGUGACUCGGACCACCUCCGGCCAGCUGACGCCAUAAUGCAGAAAGCAUGGAGAGAGAGGAACCCACAGGCACGCAUCUCUGCCGCACACGAAGCCCUCGAACUAGAGGACUGUGCGACUGCAUACAUCCUGCUGGCAGAGGAGGAGGCCACCACCAUCGUGGAGGCAGAGAAGCUCUUCAAACAGGCCGUGAAGGCAGGAGAGGGCUGCUACAGACGCAGCCAACAGCUCCAACACCACGGGGCGCAGUAUGAGGCACAGCACAGAAGGGACACCAAUGUUCUGGUAUACAUUAAGAGGAGACUGGCCAUGUGCUCUAGAAAGCUGGGCCGAACCAGAGAAGCUGUCAAAAUGAUGAGAGACUUAAUGAAGGAGUUCCCUCUCCUCAGUAUGUUCAAUAUCCAUGAGAACCUGCUGGAGUCACUACUAGAGUUGCAGAACUACGCAGACGUACAGGCCGUACUAGCCAAGUACGACGAUAUUAGUUUACCCAAAUCUGCAACAAUAUGCUACACAGCAGCUUUGCUCAAAGCCAGGGCGGUAUCGGACAAGUUUUCUCCAGAGGCAGCGUCGAGGCGAGGGUUGAGUACAGCAGAGAUGAAUGCUGUAGAAGCCAUACACAGAGCUGUGGAGUUCAACCCACACGUCCCCAAAUACCUGUUAGAAAUGAAAAGUUUAAUACUGCCCCCUGAGCACAUUCUGAAGCGAGGGGACAGUGAGGCCAUAGCCUACGCAUUCUUCCACCUGCAGCACUGGAAGAGGGUGGAGGGGGCCCUUAACUUGCUCCACUGUACCUGGGAGGGCACGUUUAGAAUGAUCCCGUACCCUCUGGAGAAAGGCCACCUCUUCUACCCAUACCCCAUCUGCACCGAGACCGCAGACAGAGAGCUGUUACCAACAGUGUUUCAUGAGGUGUCAGUGUACCCUAAGAAGGAGCUGCCGUUCUUCAUCUUGUUCACGGCUGGUCUCUGCUCCUUCACUGCCAUGCUGGCCCUCCUCACACACCAGUUCCCCGAGCUCAUGGGAGUCUUUGCUAAAGCUUUUCUUAGCACCCUGUUUGCUCCUCUGAACUUCAUCAUGGAGAAAGUGGAGAGCAUCCUGCCAUCCAGUCUGUGGCACCAGCUCACACGCAUCUAACAGUGACCAGCCCCGACCGGACUAGACUGAACCGGACUGACUGACACAUUCUUUGUGCCAAUAUCAUGGAUUAGACGGACAGUGAGGAUGGAUUGGAAGAGAAGAGAAGAGAAAGAAGAUUAAAGGGAAACAUGGAAUUCUGAAUUGCUUUUGACUUUAUUUGAUAUGUUUUCAUUUUGUCUUCAAAUCUCAUGUAAAACCGUUUUUUUGUUGUACAAAAAAAGGUGAUCAAUUAUCAUCAUUAAAAAAGUGGAAAAAUACAUAAAAUAAAGGACUUUUUGUGUAUUGCAAUGUCUACCCUGCCAUUUUGAUUGUCAAGCAUAUCAAAAUUGUAAUAGAUAUUGGAUCAUAGCUGGAGGUUAGGUAACUAAACCGUGUUUUGUAACUGGCUGGUUGAGGAAAGGGUGUGUGGUCAGAUCUGUUAUCAAUUUCAAACAGUUUCCAUAAACUAUAUAGACAUUGCAACAAAGCCGAUGGGGCAAAACAGACUGGGUUGGCUUAGAUAGUUGACAUGUCCCCAAUGUUUAUUGAAAACAAAUACAUUUGCACAAUGAGCACUUG